CAGGCACAGUACUAACUCCUGCCGGUGAGAAAGCUCAAUGCUCCGAGGAGAACAGUGAUCUCCGAAUGCAAUCGACAUGUUUCCUGCUGCCUCGGCCGUGAGGAUUCGGCGGACUCGGAUCGUUGCACAACGCAUUGAACCGCACGUCGUUGCUGGCUUGUCGGACGUUGGAGGCGGAAGUAUGCAAUGCCGUAGACAGGGACCGGUUGACGGGGCCCUCACGGUGUUUCCUUUGCCCGGCCGCUGCCGGAACAGGCCCGCCGCCCGCCGCCCGCCGCCCCCACCACCCCGCCCCGGCCUGACAACCGGUCGUAUAUAAUGUGUGUAUGGCAAGAAGCGACUGACGAGGACAUCUCUUUGAAAACCCCCACAUACGAAGACAAGCUACUCCGUAACCUUGUGUUGACCGUGAACAUGUCCCCUUCAGCUGCCCCAGCACCCAAGAGCUACAGCAUCGCCUCCAUCCCAGCGGACGGCAUCGGGCCCGAGGUUGUUGAUGCCGCCAUCACAGUCCUGAAGACACUGUCAGAAACGCUGGGGUCGUUUGACAUUGACUUCACUCACUUCGACUGGAGUUCUGCCACGUACAAGAAAACAGGAAAGUACAUCCCCGACGGCGGACUCGAUGAGUUGAAAAAGCACGACGCCAUUCUGUUUGGCGCCGUCGGCGCCCCAGACGUUCCCGACCACAUUUCGCUCUGGGGCCUCCGGCUUGCUAUAUGUCAACCUUUCCAGCAAUAUGCCAACGUAAGACCGACCAAGGUCUUCCGAGGAACUCAGUCGCCUCUGAGGAAUUGCAAUUCCGGUGAUCUCGACUGGGUCAUCGUCCGCGAGAACUCUGAGGGCGAGUAUGCUGGGCAGGGCGGACGUAGCCACCGCGGGCAGGCCUGGGAGACCGCCACCGAGGUGGCAGUGUUCACGCGCCACGGAGUGGAGAGGAUCAUGAGGUUCGCAUUCGAGACGGCGCGGAGCAGGCCGCGGAAGCUCCUCACAGUCGUGACCAAGAGCAAUGCCCAACGUAACGGGAUGGUCCUCUGGGACGAGGUCGCCGCAUCAGUGGCCGAGGACUUUCCUGAUGUUACUGUUGAUAAGAUGCUGGUAGAUGCUAUGACUUGCAGGAUGGUUCUGAAGCCCGAGUCACUCGACACCAUCGUGGCUACGAAUUUGCACGCGGAUAUCCUUUCUGAUCUGGCAGCCGCGCUUGCUGGGUCCAUAGGGAUCGCGCCAACAUCAAACCUGGAUCCAACCCGCCAAAAUCCCAGCAUGUUCGAGCCCAUCCACGGUUCCGCGUUCGACAUCACCGGAAAGGGAAUAUCUAACCCUGUUGCCACAUUCUGGACUAGUGCGGAAAUGCUGGCAUGGAUCGGGGAAAAGGAUGCAAGCACCAAGCUGUUGGAUGCCGUGGAGCACCUGGACUGUGAGAAGGGGAUCGUCACAGCCGACCUUGGCGGCAACGCAAAGACGGCUGAUGUCACCGCUGCCGUAUGUGACGAGAUCAGAAGCCUGUAUGGGAAGAAGUAA